AUCCGUCUGACGUUGUUCUCCAUUUACUCUCCAAUUUUCGUCUGCACCCUGUUUGCAAUCAUUUUCCAAAAACAGAUUAAUUAAAUAGUGCAAUGAAUUGGAAAUUUGGAGAAUAUCAACCGGACUAUAAUCCGAAAAUUCAUGGCACUUACGAUCCUGCUAGAUUCUAUGGAAAACCUGAUACACCUUUUGGGGAAGUAAAAUUGAAAGAUUUUGGAUCUUGGUUUAGUCGUCGUGAAAAAAGUCCACAAGCAUUUGCUCAAUUAGUUUCAAGAGGGUGGUGGCGUUGGCAACAUAAAUAUAUGUUACCUAAAAAUGCAUUAUUUGUUGGACCUAUGCAAGUAGUUUUUGCUGGAAUGGCAUUAUUUUACUGGAUUAAUUACGGCAAAAUUAAGCAUCACAAAAACUACAAGUACCACUAAAAAUCAUCAGCAACAUUUUACAAUCAUAGAACAGUUCAGAAUGCAAAUAAAUUAAUAAAAUGUAUAUUAAAUAAACUUGAGGGGAAAAAAAAAUUGUAUUCUCACCUAACUGUACAUGUUAAAAGUGUCUCAAGUUUAAUUUAUUGCCUCGUUUUAAAUAUAAAUAAUUGAAUCAGGA